UGGAUAGAAACGGCACAAAGGAAGUCUUAAAUGGAAGAUAAAGAUUUAAAUGGUAGAUUGUACAGAACACUUGUUGAUGUUGUUGGCACAGAAGACGAUAUUCGUUGUAGACAAGAUAUGUUCACAUACAUGGGAGUGAUAAAUGGAUUUGGAGACAAUGAUUCAGUUUCCAUACCGGGUGGCAGCCUUUCAGAAGGUUUUGACUUAAAAGGUAGUGAUGAGGACAUUAUGAUUGUACUUAAGAAUAUUGACGUAGUUCCUGCUGAUCAGGAUGUAAUGAUUGAUAAAAACACCGUAAGAGUUAACAUGCAUGCCGAUAAACAACGAGCCGGAUAUGCAAGCUUAGAUUUAUCAGUGGAUCAAGAAAGAUAUGUAAAUGAUGCAGACAAUUUGAAAAGAACAGAGGUGCUUAACAUAAAACGAUCGCUUGAGAAAACCAAUAAUAAGUGUAUAGUGGCAAGUGCAAGAUUUAGGGGCCAAUUCAUUAUACCUGGGAACACUAGUCAUGGGCCAUGUAUUAGCGAUGGAAUUUAUGAUUUUGCCAUUAGUUUAUAUGGAUCUGUAUGGCCUAGUGAAGCAAUGAAGAGACUCUCUACAAGCAAAAGUAAACGUUGGCUUUGUGAAUCUUUUGUGAACGAGCUCAUAUCAGAAGGUUGUAUUUACGUGCCAGUUGGACCAAAAUAUUAUUAUUCUGGUACAUUGUGGAGAAUAUCUUUUGCAAAAGCCGAAAGACGCCUUAUCUUAUCUAUGCGUUACGUGCAGUGGUUAUGUUAUGGUCUUCUUAAGAUAGUGUUUAAGGAAGGUAUAGGGAAAACUCUGACGGAGUAUGGCACAAUAUGUUCAUACUUUCUUAAGACAUGUCUCUUCUGGUUGAUUGAAGAAACAGAUAAUGAUGAGAAUGUUUGGAAUCAAGACAACAUUUUCAAUUGUUACAUGAUGUGUCUUGAUAAACUCACUAUAUGGGUUGAGAUGAUGAACUGUCCGAACUUUAUCAUACCUGAAAACAAUAUGUUCCGAGGAAAAGUUAAUGAUGAAAACAAAUCAGACAUAUUAAAAGUUCUUCUUCAGAUGAAAACUUCUGGAUAUAAAGGCCUACUUACAUGCGAAUCACUUCGGCAAUACAUGGAAUCAUCCGAAAGAAUGACACCUUUUGAACGUGAGGCUAAACUGGAUCUUCUUUGCUUCAGAGUAUUACACAUUUAUCCGUUCGACGAUAAAGAAUUGCUUAAGGAAGCACUGGAAAAAAUGGAAAAGGAAUAUGAACAACAAGAAAAUAAAUUUACAAAAGGGAUAAUUGGUAAUAUGGUUUCCUCUCUUCACCAAGAACUAGCUCAAAUGAUACACGUAUCGGAGAGUAAUGAAGACGGACAAAAAUUGAAACGCCUACAGAAAUAUCAUUUACUGAAAGGCUGCAAAUCUGAUCGGCUUUGUGGCCUGGUCCUUCUAGCAUCUUUUUAUUGCACCGAAAGGAAAUAUUAUACUGCUCUUGAAAUACUUUAUACAGUCACAAGAAAAUUUACACCUGAAGCCGCCUUGCUUCUUCGACGAAUAAUUUAUUCGCAAGCAGAGGUACAAAGGUAUAAGGAAAGAUUCUGUAGUAAAGAUUUAUGUUUAGAAGAGAAAUUUAAUAUGGCAACAGUAAGACAAAUAGUACUUUUAGAUAAUUCCUCUAUUGUUCCGGAUGAAUUUCAACCUGAAGUUUUCAAUUACCGGCCUUUGAGUGUGAUACCCCCAAAUAUAUAUGCAUAUGCAUUAAUGUUUGUAUGUUACCAUCAUAUCAAUGAGAAAUCAAAGGCAUUAGAGAUAUUAGACCAACUUGAACACAUCUUAAAAACUGGGCUUCUCAUUUCGCCAAUUGGAGCAGCAUACUCUAUUGUUUGUACAGUUGUCGGAGCAUGUUUUGAAACGCAAGGCGAUUACGAGACAGCUAUGAAAUACUACAACAAAGCUUUAAACUGUGAGCAGAUAUGUAGAAGUACUGCAUACCGCUUUCGUCGUCUUAAAGAAAGAUUAGCUGUUAGCUCAGUUGAAAAAUAGACAAAAUUAUGUUUUGAACAAGUAUGGAUAUUCAUGCGUAUGAACAUACCUGAUAAAAGUGAGAUAAAUGCACUGGCUAAGUUAAGUAUUAAGUCAAAAAAGAUUUUACAAACGUAUUUAAGACAAGUCCCUUUCAACGUCUGUUUUGAGAUCACUAAGCCAUUUAAGCGUUCCGCUUCUUUGAUGUGAAAGGCAUUGCCUAUAUAGUACUGUUCUGUUCAACAUUUUAAACUAAAAACAAAAGAAUAGUGAAAAAUGUUUUGAAAAAAAGAUAUAAUUGAGGACAUUAAAUACUUAGUACAAUUUUCGUGAUACAUGCAAAAUAUUGUUGAUAAAUUUUCUAUAGAAAUGUAAUACGUGCUUUACUUCUUUAUUACAGUUGUAACCUGUACCAGGUCCUCUUUGGGUCCAAAGUAGGAACUGAAAGCUUCUUUAUGACCCCUAGGUGAGAGAUGAUCAUAAAUACUUCUUAAGGCAGGGGAGGUGUUCCUGUAAACGUCCAUGAUCCAAUUAACAAGACUGUGUUCCAUGCAUGUGCUUUUCGUGACCUUAAUAUUACAAUCAGCGUUUAUUUGUGUGUUUUCUUUUUCAUCAUACACAAAAUGUUAGAAUUGUUGUGAGGAGUUUGAAUUUCGUGCUAGUAUAUACAAUAUUUUUGAAUGACUUUACUCGGACCUAUUUAAACCUAAAUAAAAUGUUU